AUGCAGAGUUCAGUGAGAAAAGGGAAGAAAAACGUGGAAGAUGAGAAGCCUAAAAGAAUUAACAUACCUGGAUGGAGUAUAAAGGGAUUAAGCUAUGCUCUCCAGAUUUGGGUGUAUGAAUUAAUUGCUGAAUUGGGAAUUCCCCCCUUAGAUAUUCCUGUUAUACUGCGCCUCUUACAACCAAGUCAAUUGGAGAUGAGCCAACCUUAUUGGAGUUGGGGAUCAGAUGUUCCUGAAUGUGACACACAUAGUGUAGCUCUGCGAGUAUGUAAGGACCUUGAUGAGUUAAACUCUGUUGUGCAGCAGUUGAGGAAUGAGGUUACAGUAUUGCACCGUGAGAAGGGUCAGCUAGAGGAGAGAGUUUUACGCUUGGAAAAGUGUACCAGUCAUGCAGACGCUGGAAAGGAGAGGAAUAAGACUGAGGAUGCUGAAGAGGAGAGGAAUAAGCCUGAGGAUGCUGAGGAUGCUAAAAAAGAGAGGAAUAAGACUGAGGAUGCUGUAGAGGAGAGUCAAAAGACUGAGGAUGUUGGAGAGGAGAGUGAUAAAACUGAGGAUGGCGGAGUAGCCGAAUCGAGAGAGCAGUGUGUACAAAAUGGUAAAGAAGAGGUGCAAUAUACACCCCCGGAUAUAAAUUGGGAUGAUCCGGGUAUGGUGUGUGUCACCCUUGUUAAAUUUCUUACGAAUCCUCCUCCAAAGAUUGACCUGUCCACUGUUGAGGGUGAAUGUGGCGAAGAUGUUAUAGUUGGGGUUCGACAAAAGAGGGGUCGGGGAAAGAGUGAGAUUCUUGGCCCUGCGAUGAAGAGGCGAAGGGUAGUGGUGAGGGAAACUCCAUGGGCAGGUCGGGAGAUUCCUAAUAUUUCCGAGGACACAAUUGGUGACCCCCUAAGGCCUGUUCCUCAUGAUUCCCUUUUGGAGGUGGCGAAAUUAUGCUGGGAAUGGGGAUAA